ACUGAAUCAGCAGAAAAUUCUCUCCUGACCUUGAAAUGACUCAUGAAACAAACACAAUAUAUCCUAACCAUGCCGUCAGGCGAGGUACAGCUCUCAGAUUGGCCUGUAGGCGUCGCCCUUUGCCACCUUUUCACACAAGCGCCAAGGGACGUUUCUACAUUUAUUGCAUCUGAUCAACUACAACAAGGCCAUUUAUCAAAAAAUACAUGAGCCCGGUGAAAUGUGGACAGCAGCGCGAUGAACAGCGAAACUUUGCUACCAGUCCCAGCUCCGACCACAGCUGUUCUAGGUUUCUUUAGGAGCUAAUUCAGCAUGAGCUGCUCACAGGGUGUGAUGCUGCUGUUUGGCAGGUCGGCUCCGGGAUCAAACAGGUGUUAUCAGGAAAUUAACACACACAUUUUUUUUUUCUGGUUAUCAUAACUCCAUGCAUUUCGUUUACAUUUUCAGGAACACUGGCUUUUGCAAACAUUUGCUUAAUUUAGGUUUUAUACUUGGAUAGGUUGUUGUAAAACAAAGAGAAGAGAGGAUACUAUACAUGAGAUCAAAACUAAGUGCUACCAGGGAUGUUGCAGAGGGAGCGUGGUGAUACCACUGCAGAUAAAAGUGACGGUGCAUAUUAUAAAGUCACUACAAACUCAAUACACAGACCCAGCACAAGUUGCUGCAUCAAUAUAUAGGAGGGUUACGUGAUGUUUACCAACAGCCACCCAUGCUAUAUGUAGAGCGGUGCAGACCCGGGCUGCAAGAGGGGGGCAGGGUUGCAUGUCUGCCACAUGCCUGUGCCUCUCCACCGCAACCCGAGCAGUCGUGCCAGCGUCCGGCUGCGCCAUAAUCAAACUUUUCUGUACAUUUUCACGUCACCUGAACACGAAACGUAAAUUUGGCAUCCUAUGCAAAUAUAUGCUGACGUAAAAGAUCAUGUGGUUUUUGUCGUCGAUCCCCCCUAUGAGCAACGAGGAGGCUUUUUUUCCCUCCUCUCUACUGUUGUCUUUAGGUUAGCUAUGCUACAAUCUUUACUGUACUCAGCGCUAGCUAUAUGCGCCCCGCACCGCACCACUCUGGAUAUCUGGGAAUAAUCAACUUCCAGCGCGUCGCACCCUGCAGCCACAGACUACUCACAGCUUGAGCGCCGCUGCUGUCUGUGAUGCCCUCCCAUGACGCCCAGGUCAGCAUCUGACAUUGCCAGUGAGCGGGAGACGCCACUGCACAACCGGUCCUGGGCCAGCACCGUCAGCCGGUUCUCGCCCUCCCUCUCGCACACUGGAGACUCCACCUCCACCCGCUUACCAGUAUCCACAACAAUCAGCUCCUAUCCGCCCCAGUAAGACCCCUUCAAAAACGCUGACAACAUCAGCGAGCACCAGCAGCAGCAGCAGCAGCCAAAAAACAGAAUAUCUUCAACGCAAUCAGCAACACCAGCGCCACCAUUAUCACCAGCAGCAGCAGCAGUCAUGUCCAGUCGUAGAAAGUCCUCCACCCCCUGCAUGGUUCGGGUCAUCAGCGACAUGCCCGAAGAGCAAGAUGAUCCAGAGGAGUUAAUGGACAUAGAAACACUGAGGGACAAUCAUGUGAUAGAGAAAGAACAGUCAGAAUCAUUUAAAUCUGCAGAAAAGAGUCAAGACACCCAGCAGGAGAAUCCAGACCAGCAGUCGUUUCCAAAACCAGUGGAAAACAAGAAUCCUAAGCCAUUACCACAAGAGGAGCAGCCGGGAAGCGAAAACCAGCCCCCUGUCACGGAAGAUGUAGAGGGCAGGGAGGAGGAGGGCAGGAAACACGCCGACUCUGGUCUCGCAUCCCAGAAAAAGCAGCCCAGAGGCUACGAGUGCAAAUACUGCCCAUUUUCAACGCAGAACUUGAAUGACUUUAAAGAGCACGUGGACUCCAACCACCCUAAUGUUAUUCUCAAUCCUUUGUACCUCUGUGCUAUCUGCAACUUCAACAGCAAGAAAUUUGACUCGCUCACAGAGCACAAUGACAGCCAGCACCCGGGCGAGACAAACUUCAAGUUCAAGAGGAUAAAAAUGAACAAUCAGACUAUCUUAGAACAGACAAUCGAAAGCAAGGACAAUUCAGCUGAAAGCGAAGAGACAAAUGAACAGGGUGAAACCAGCAGCACUUGUGUGUUUCCACCUUGCAUAUCUACCACAGUGAAAACCCCGGACAGUAUCCAGUCACUCAGUCAAGGGAGCAAAUUGAAAAGCCAGCUGGAUGGCCUGAUCCAGAAGAAUCAAAUCACAGCGGUGAACAUCAAUGGAACAGUCAUCAUCCCUGAACCCAGCAUCCUCCAAGGGCUCUCCCAUGUCACCCCAAUGCUCCAGCGCCCACCCAACUUGAACUCUGUACCAAAAAUAGCUGUUCCCUUGAACACCACCAACUACAAUCCUUCUUUAGACGACAACCUGACACUGAUCACAUCCUUUAACAAGUUUCCUUACCCAACACAUGCCGAGCUGUCGUGGCUUACGGCUGCCUCCAAGCACCCGGAGGAACAGAUCAAAGUCUGGUUCACCACCCAGCGGCUAAAGCAAGGCAUCACCUGGUCCCCAGAGGAGGUGGAGGAAGCCAGGAAGAAAAUGUUCAAUGGCUCCAUCCCUCCUACUCAUCAUACCUUCAGCGUCCUGCCUACAAGCCCCGUCUCUCAGCCGUCUGCCAAGUCCUCCCAGCAGCCGAUUGUUCACACCACAGUCGAGCAUCCGGGUCAUCUCCGAACAACUGCGUCCAUUGGGUUAAGUGCACACACCAUCACAAACUCUCCUGCUGGAGUUGCUGUUGGCUCCGGCCACACCCUUAAACGAUCCCUGCCAACACACCCCACGACGGUGUUUGGCCCGGAGUCCAAACGGCCCAUCAUGGCAGUCGCCCCUCAUUCUGGUGACCCUAAAGACAAGGGCCUCAUGGCUCCUCCUCCACCCCCUCCCCUCCAAAAAGGCCGCCUCCCAAAGGCUUCACCUCCUGUUCCCAUGGAGAUGAGGAGACCUGUAGCAGUUCCUCUGAUCACCACAGAGAUGAAGAGGCCAUCCGCUGCUGUGCCUUUAAUGCCUCCACCAUCAUCGUCCUUAUCACCAUCUUUGUUGUCCAAAGGGAAGAUUCUCUCAACGUUAGGAAACUCCAAAACAAAGCCGGUGGUGUCACUACCCUCCAUAGUCUUUCCAGAGUCCUUAACUCGGCCAAUGAUAGCUCCCCCACCUAUAUUUGCCCCUCCAUUUAAAAACUCGAUGCUUAUUCCGCGUGCUGCACCCGUCAAAGAAAAGCACCCCAAAUCCUACAAUCUUACAACUGCAGAUUUGAAGUUGCCAAACUCCCUUCCACUCAUUACCCCACAGAUAAGGAGGCCACCCAUUAUUCAGUCCAUUCGCACUCCGGCUAAAACCCCGUCCCAGAUUCCAGGGUUCCCACUGGACGGCAAGAAACUAAAAGAGCAGCAGGGAGUGGAGCUGAAAGCCAGCUACCCCAGAGGUGACAAGGUACUGACUCCUCUGGCAGAGGCCAACGGGACAUCUCGCAAAGAUGGCAAAUGGCCCCAUAAUCAGACCUCCACCGCUCUCAACAACGGAGUCAUACAUUUGGAUGGUGGUGAGACGGCAGCAGCGCUGAAACCAGAUUUUCAACAGAAGUCCUCUGUGCUGACACAGUUUCCCCUGCUGGAGAGGAUGAAAGGAAAGACGGCGGAGCAGCUGAAGGUCUUGGAGGAGAACUUCUUGAGGAACAGCUUCCCCACACACAGCGACGUGGAGAGUCUGUCCGCCUCCACUCGCCUGUCUCACCAGGAAAUUGACAGCUGGUUCGUGGAGCGCCGUGCACUCCGCGACAACCUAGAGCAAGCCCUUCUCAACUCCAUGGGCACUAAGAGGACUGGCAUGGGUGGCAUCACUGAUAAACGACUACAUCAGGAGCAACAGCAAAACCAAACUCUGCAGCUGAAUGGGAUUCACAAGCCAAGCACCGGGGUGGUUCACCUGAAAAGCCCUCCUCCACCUCCGCACACUCUGCCCAUCAUUACUGCCAGCACCAUCUCGCCCUCCGUCCCCAGCCUGAACUCCUGCUCAGUGCCUCCAGACAGCCGAUCCCUGGCACUCCUCAAGGACGAUUUUGCUCAAACACGGUGGCCUUCCCCUGAGGAGCUCAGCCAGCCGGAGGCUCGU